CCCCGGGCCACCAUGGUGCUGCUGUCCGGGGCCGGGGAGCAGCUGUCCGGGGAGCGCGUGUACCCCGCGCCGGCGCCGGACAUGGCCAGCGCCGAGGAGAGCGACCCCGAGCAGGGUGCGGCGGGGGCAGCCGCCGAGGGGCUGGGCGAGGAGCAGGAGGAGGAGGAAGAGGAUUGCGAAGAGUACGAGGACUUCUCCGAGCUUCCCGACACCUGCAGCAUCGCCUCGGAUGACUCCUUCUACCCGCCGCGGGGGCUGGAGGACGAGGAGGACCAGUGGUCCCUGGAGGAAGGGGGGCGCGACAGCCCCGAGGCUCUCACCCUCUUCCGAGCCUGCUGCACCAACAACACCAUAGUGCUCAAGGCGCUCAUCCGCCAAGGCCCCGAAGAGGAGGAGGUGCGGGAGACAGACCGUAACCGCCGGAAUGGUCUUAUCGUUGCCUGUUACCAAGGUUAUGUGGAUAUUGUAAUAGCCUUAGCACAAUGCCCACACCUUGAUGUGAACUGGCAAGACAAUGAAGGGAACACGGCUCUCAUUACAGCUGCACAGGCAGGGCACAUAACCAUUACAAAUUACUUGUUGAACUAUUUUCCUGGGCUUGAUAUUGAGAAGAGGAAUGUGUUUGGAUUCACAGCACUGAUGAAGUCUGCAAUGCAGGGCCGAACUGAAUGUGUGAAAGCCUUGAUGUUGGCAGGGGCAAAUGUUCAUGCGACUGACCCAAGCCGUGGACUGACUUCAUGGGAAUGGGCUUGUUACACAGGAAGAUCAGAAUCUGCCUUCAUCAUGCAAAAGCUGAUGGACAGGCCAUGCCCGGAACAGCUUUGUGAUCAAUAUAAACCAGAAUGGCCAAAGAUGAAGGAACUUCUUGCCAAGGCUGCAGAGCCAAAAAGCUGUUUGCAGAGGUUUUCUGAGUGCAUGAGGGCAGCUAUCUCAUUCCGGUCUUUCUACGGCCCAGAAGCAGACGGGGUCCUUGACCAUAUGGUGAAGGUGACGACAAGUUUGCGCAGUCCUUUCAUUGCCCUGUCCUGCCGGACUGUGUGCCCAGGCAGCCCGCCUUCUGUGGGGAAACGCAGACUGGCUGUGCAAGAAAUCCUUAGGCAGCAGAGAGCCGAGGAGAUCCGAUCUCAGGACAAAGAUCACAUUAGCAGCUAUGAGAAGCUAUUUCAGAACUCCAAAGUCACGCUGAUCCCCAAGAAGAAGGACCGGCGAGCCAGCCUGCAGCCCAUCAGCCUUGCAGUAUCUCAAGUGAACACCAUAGCCACUAGGAAAGCAAGCCUCUUGCCACUCCACCUGCUCAGAAGGAGCAGCGUCAGGCCAGGAUUUGUAAUCCCCAAAGUCCGAGUCAGCAAGGCUCCUCCUCCCACCUUCCAGCCAGAAAAGUCUAGAAGGAGGAGCAGUGCAAAGGAUGACCCCUAUCUGCAGAUUCCCAAGUGGAGGUACAAGGAGCUAAAAGAGGAGCGGAAGAAGGCAGAGGAGCAGGAAAAGAAAAAAGCAGCAGAGGCUCAAAAGCUGAAGCAGGUGUCUCCUGCCAGAUGCAGGACCUGAUUUAAAGGCAGCUUCUUAGAAGGUUUUUGAGCCAUUAGUCUUGUUGUCUGAGCAAGAUAACAGACUGAAUGCCUUUGUGCAUGCCCACUGCUCAUGGAGAUGGAAUACUGAAUAAUGGCCUUUCAGGUGCAGAAACAGUGCAAGGGCUAUGUUGUGGCAUGUCUGAUGGUGGAGCAGGAAGGUAUUUUGAGGUGGAAGACUUACUAAGUUUGCCUGUCUGCUGUUGAUAGGAAGUUGUCAGUGGGGCAGUCCUUUUGCAGCUUCCUUUUUUUUUCCAGUUCCAGGUGAAUGACUGAGAAAUGGCUUGAAAAACAGCAUGUGUGAAGGGAUCAUGUUUUGUGUUUGUUCAUUUUGUAAUGGGCAAAAUUAAGGAGUUGUGUGUUUGACACUAGGCUUUCCUCCCUCUCCUUCCUUAGGUAGAUGUAUUUCAAGGUUUUAUAGUAAUAAUAAAAAGUUUAAAAUAUACCACAGUGUUGGUGGGCAGUGAAAAUCCAGGUCUACAAUCAUUCUGGAUAUACUAAGCACUUUAUUUUAAUCCCAGUAAUCAAAGUUUAAGACAGGAUAGGUAUUAAAAUUUACAGCUCUAUACAGUCUGUAUGGAUGCAGUUCUCAACGCUAUUUUUUGUUCAGCUGAACAAAAAAAGGGCCGCAUAUGGAAUACUUCUGUAGCUGAGGUAUUCACAUCCUCUGCAGGUAUAAAUCAGGGGCAGGAGUGAUUUUUUUUGAGCAACAGAGAAGCUGAGCUAAUGCCCCCAUCACCUGAGAUUUGCCACCCCCAUUCAUUUUCCUCGUAUCUGCCAUUUGUUGUCUCCUCUUUAGUCUCAGGGAAUUUUUUGUCAUUGUGCUUAACUGUGAAACAAAGGGAGAUGGGGAGACAUAGGUGGGGAUUUUUAGGUUGAUAUUAAAGUUCCUGUUAAAAAAAAAACAGCCAGAUUUAUUGUGAACCUUUCCUGAUUACAGCCAGGACAGGAAAAUUAUGCAGCUUAUAGCAGUUCAAGCAAUUUUCCCAGGUAUAAAAUCCACCCACAUGCUACGAACAUGCAGUCAGAGAUGCAGCAGCUCGGCCACUAAAUGUUAGGAAACUAUGGCCAGAUGUUGUUGUGAGCUUUGGUAGCAUGCUUCUGGGUGCCCGAGGAGGGCAGUACCUCACCUCUCUCCCUCAACAAAGGGAGAAUACCUUCUCUAGUAUAGGAGUGCGACUCGAAGUGGCGAUUCUCACAGGUUGCUGCAUGUUCUUCUGGUCCACAUUAAGGCUCCAUUUGCCUUUACCAGCAGUCAGUCUGGCAUGGCAAACCCUGGCAAAUUCUGCUAAGGAAGGGCUGCAAACCUGCUGCUUGCUGAAAAAAAGACCACGCUUGUGAAAGCAGAGGUCACCUGCAAACAGCAAGUCAUACAUACAGCACUUUCUCAGGCUUUCCUCCCAUUUGAAAUGACAUGUGCUGCAGUGUGUCCUAACAUCAUUACUCUGCUGGAACUCUGGCAGACCCCAGCUGCCACUGUCACCAGCUUCUCCAUUCAAUUAAAGGCAGGGAAAACUUUCCCAUCCUUUACUCCCACAGCACAAAGGCUGUCUGUGGUCUCACUGAAGCUGUAAUGAAACUGUGUAUGUCAUGGGAGAAAUAAAUUCAGUUGACUGAAAACUAGUGCCCAGAUUGAUAUUGCCAGCCAGCAUCUGCACAGUCAGGGCUUGACAGAGGUUAUGGCAGACAUGUGAAACAAGGGUUUUCCACACAGCCUGUACUUUUACUUUUUGCUGGAGUAGCUGUGCUGGCUGGACUGCAUUGCCAGGGAGCCUCCAAGGUCAGAGCUGGAGGAAUAUUGACCCUGCUAAUCAACCUUCCCAGUACUGUGAAUAUAAAAAGGAUUUUAGUCUGCAAGUGCAUCAGCUCAAUUUGUAGGCACCAAUUUUGUUAUGGAUUUGGUAACGAGAAUAUAAGCUAAACUUAUGUCUUUGGAGAGCAGGGAGACAAGCUUUUAGCUGUCUGUGGCAAAGAUACUGCAAUGGAUUCAUAAUGGAUUUCAAAUUUGUGCACUGGAUUGAAUGGUUUUAACUAUUAAUUUUUUUUUACUGCCAACUCAGCAUACAGAAGGUUCAGCAUUCAGAUUCAGUAUCUGAAAAGCAACCUGUGCUGCAGGUGAACAUUUGAAUUUGCACUCUCAAUAUCACUUGCAGGAGACAUACAAUUGGUAGGUGCUCUCAGGGAUUAACAUACAGAUAUUAACAUGUUAGAAUUAGGGGCUGAAAACUAAGCCAGUUUUCUAGCCCUUUGUACUUUACUGUGUAUAUGUGUAUAAAUAUGUGAUAUUUCCAUUAAAAGAAGCACAAACUGUCAAACUUAUUUGGCGAUCUUAUUCUUCAGGGUGGUUUGAACACGCUGUCUUUCACUUUUCAGUAGAUCAAAAAGC